CGGGCGCACGGAUACAUGUCUACAAGGCACUGUACAAGAUUUCCACACACGCACGAGCAACACAUUGCUAGGCAUCAAGUGCAGGAUGCACCCACUUUGACCUCUCCUCAUCCAGCGUGCCGCUCCGGAUUGCUGACCUGAACACAUACACGCACAUGGAUGGCGGCUCUCAAGAUCAGGUGCGUGGUUUUGUCACACGCCCACCCACCUGAUGUCUCUCAUGAGUCUGUUCAUGAAGAAGACGUUGUGCAGCGACACCAGAGUGCCCCCCAGCUGCUCGCCCGCCUUCAGCAAGUGGUGCAAAUACGCCCUGAGAGACAGAGAGAGAGAGAGAGAGCCAGUCAGUCAACACGCAACACACACAAUGCAGCAGACAGCCAGGAAGAAGACAGGACAUUCGCCGAUUCACCUGCUGAAGUUUCGGCACGUGUAGCAGCCGCACGAGGCAUCGAUGGGCCGACUGUCACGCUUGAACGGACUCUGCAUGCACACGUGCAUUUCAAGCAAGACAAGGAAAGAACGAAGCCCGCCUAACUCACCCAUCUCUCUAACCUUUUUGAGGUUGAUGUGCUCCUUGACCUUGUCGCUCCUGCUGCCGCCCCCGCUGCCAUCCGUGUCCCAGAAGUCGCGCCGCACCAGCGCCCCGCCGUGCCGCCCCAGUCUGGUCGGAUGCACACAGUCGAAUGUGUCGAUCCCGUGGCGCACCCCGUGGAAGAUGUCCCGGACACCGCCGAUGCCCAGGAGGUGGAUCGGGCGGUCCCGACGCAACGACCUGAACGGACGAGAUGAAGAUUUGUGGUGUGGUGUGGUCACAGUAUUGUGGUGCUGGCGGCAGUGAGUGUGUACUUUGCCGUGAGGGCGACGACGCUGUGCAUCGUGGCUCUGUCUGCGCCGAGACUGCCGCCAAUCGCAGACCCGAAAAACGGCGUCCUGCACUCAUUGACACACACAUACAUACACACAGGCAGACCGUCGGGUGAUGCCACUUUCCAUGUUUUCUGGCCCCGCGUUGCGUACGUGUUCACGAAGUGAGUUGACUCGUCACGGAGCGACGGGCAUGUUCCGCCCUGUACAAUGCCGUAGAGCGCCUGCCUCUGCUGGCAGUCGAGCCGGGAGAACUCCUGGAGGCUUCUGAGGCCCCAACGGUGGGAGCGGCGCAUGGACGACUCCGUGUAGGACUGCAUUGCAUUCAUUGACACAUCGAUGGACAUGCAGGUCACCUGCAUGUGUGCCACGUGUGCACGUGUGUACGUGUGGUGUGUCCGACCCGGGUAGGGCCACUCACUCGCUCACCUUUUCCACAUUGAAUGGCGUGCACUCGUCCAGCACGAGGAUGAUGUCGGCACCUGCCGGGAUGUAUCCAUGAGAACGAUCCACCAUAUUCCCGGUGUGUGUUGUGUGUGCGUGUUUGGGCCUUACCCAGCUGUUUCUGCACUAGGAUUGAGCUCUCGGGCGUCAGCGUCUUGACAGAACCAUCCCAGUAAGACCUGCAGACAUGCAACAUACACGACCUUCGUGCCUCAAUCUGUUUCAAUGAAAACGGUGACUGACCUGAAGGUGGCCCCCUCUUCAGAGAUGUCGAUGAGGCUCCUCAUCUCGUCCGGCAGGGUGCGCUGGCCCUUUAUCUCCGAUGACACGCUGCCAUGGCCCAUGGAGAAGAUCUGAUAACCGCCAGAGUCCGUCAACAUCGGACCACGAAAACCUGUGAACUCCUGCAGCAGACGCACACCACACAGAAGGAUGAGCAGUCGCCUGCACACCUUGAGUGUUGCAUUCAUUCUCUCUGUGUGUAGUUACCGACCUGCAGCCCUCCCAUGUCCUCGACGAGCUCGCUCCCAGGCCACACCAGCAGAUGGUACGUGUUGGACAAGACGAUCUGCGUGCCGGCCUCGCGCAGCUGCUCGGGCGUCAGGCCCUUCACCGACGCCUUGGUACCACAAAACACGAAGUUCGGCGUCUCGACAUCCCCGUGAGGCGUCCGGAGCACGCCACAGCAAGCAUCAGAGCCAUCAGUGCUCUCGUGGACGAUGUCAAAGGCGAAGAAGGGAUAAGAGGGAGCGUCAGAGGGCAGGCCGACCGACUCAAUGUGAGUCAGCGAAGCAGCUGGCAUCACGUCGGCUGAUGCAUGUAGACGACUCGGCCGGAAGCGAGGGCGAGGGGCCAGGGAAGGGGUGAAGGAAGCAUGCCGACUCAUCGCCGGUCUGCAGCGCAAUGCGACGGUGAGGAAAACCGCCCUGGUCAGCCAGCUUCUUGGCCUUCUCCUCCGCCUUAUGAGAGAUCUGCCACUGAACCACCUUGGAUAAUGAUUUGGAUCUUGAUCAGCCUCGCCCAUCCCACCAGUAGGCUGGUGCGGAUACCCAAGGAAGGUCCUUCGACC